AUGUUAAUAUCAAGUAAAAUCUUAGUCGAAAUAGCUCAUAUAAUAUUAAUAUAUGCCGGUAUAACAAUAUUAUUAUUUGGUAUGUUUGGUUCAUUAAUGGUUAUAAUUAUAUUUAAUUGUACUCCAUUAAAUGAAUAUCCAUGUUCAAUAUAUAUUCGAACAAUAGGAAUAUUAUCAUUUUUAUUUUUACCAAUUUAUUUUUUACCAAAUAUUGUUACAUUUGGCUUUGAAAUAAAUGUUCUUGCAUUAAAUGGAAUCUUUUGUAAAUUUCAAAUGAGUUAUGCUGUAUUUACAAUAACAUCCAUAUUUAUAUUAAAUUGUUUUAUAUCAUUUGAUCGUUAUUCAAUAAUAUCAUCUUCACUAAUAAUUCGAUCAUUUAAUUCAAUUAAAUUAUCUCGUUAUCUUGUUCUAACAGCUUUAAUCAUAGUUUGGCUUGGUUUUGGAAUGCCAGUUGCUAUUUUGUUUGAUAAUGUUCCACAAGAAUAUUUAAAUGGUACAUCAAUUUGUACAUCAAAAUCUAAUAGUUUUUUAUUAUUAGCAGCAUUUUUUUAUUUUCCAUUAUUGGAAGGAAUAUUACCUAUUCUAUUAGCUAUUUAUUUUUGGUAUAUAACAAGAAAACUUGUUAAACGUCUUAAUAAUCAAUAUGUUAUGCAAAGAUUUGAUAGACAAAUAAGUCGAACAUAUUUUUUUCAAAUAGCUGGAAAUGCUAUAGCAUCACUUCCAUUUGCUACAAUUAAUCUUUAUAGAUCAUUGACAAUCCAACAAAAACGAACUGAAAAUGCAGAAAAUAUUGUACAAUCGUUUCGUCUUCUCGCAAUAUGUUUAUUUUAUGUUCAAUAUUCGACAGAUUUUUACAUUUAUAUGAUAACAUCGAGUGANCGAUUAAAAAGUCAUAUUUAG